ACAUCACUGCAGUUUGGAAUGGAGCUGGUGUCUUUGCUGUUUUUGUCUCUGCUGGGCUUUCAGCUGGGCUCUGGAGCCCCGGCUCCAGCCUCGGGCCCAGUGUUUCUCUCAGGUCAGGCAGCCGACAGCGUUCUGCGGCGGCACAAGCGUUACAACACGGGCAUGUUAGAGGAGCUGCUGCAAGGUAACCUGGAGAGAGAGUGUUACAAGGAAAAGUGUAACUUGGAGGAGGCCAGGGAGAUCUUUGAGAAUGAUCAGCAGACGAUGGAAUUCUGGGCAGGAUAUAUAGAUGGAAAUCAGUGUAAGUCAAGUCCAUGUCUGAACCAGGGCUCGUGCAAAGACCUUCUGGGCUCCUUCGCCUGCACGUGUGUGGAGGGCUUCACCGGCAGGAGAUGUGAGAUCGUUGUUCUGAAAAGAUGUGACGUGAACAACGGAGACUGUCAGCAUUUCUGUGAGGCGAUGGGAACCGUUGGAGCUAAAUGUUCCUGUGCCACAGGAUACAGGCUGAUGGAGGACGGAGUCAACUGUGAACCACAAGCUGAAUUCCCGUGUGGCAGAACGGCUCAUACGUCAGUGAGCUCAGUAUCCAAGAGGUCUCUGCCCGGCCAUGAGAACACAAGCCUGGAGAACAGCACGUCCCUGACCCACAACGUUACCACCACGUCCCCUCCCUCAUCUCCAGCCAGCACCACAGAGUCUCUUCCAGCCACAACUGAUUCUGCACAAAACCACGGCAUAAAGAGGCUUCCUCUGUGGGUGCAGCUUGAGGCCGAGGGCCCCACUGAGGUGCAGCGUCGUCCUUUUAAACGCAUUGUAGGUGGCGAGAUGGUCACUCCUGGAGAGAUCCCGUGGCAGGUGGCCUUGGUGUUGCAUCCCAGUGGGGAGAUAUUCUGUGGAGGCUCCAUCCUCAGUGAGAGUUGGGUUGUGACUGCUGCUCACUGCCUGGCGGAGGUGGAUGGCUCCUUCUUUGUCAGAGUUGGAGAGUACAACAUCUACAUCAAUGACACCACAGAGCAGGAUUAUGAAGUGUUGAAGCAGCACACACACCCGCACUACAACCCCAGCGUGAGCUUGUACAACCACGACAUUGCACUGCUCCAGCUCAGGUCCCCCAUCACCUUCUCCACAACAGUGCGGCCCAUCUGCAUCGGGCCCACGGCUUUCACCGAGGCCCUCGUGAAGAACUCCUCCCCGGCCACCGUCAGCGGCUGGGGCCGAACGCGCUUCCUCGGGGCCACGGCCGACACCCUGCAGAAGGUCGAGGUUCCCUUCGUGGAUCGGACACAGUGUAAGCGCAGCAGCAGCGCCAGGAUCACUCCUGUCAUGUUCUGUGCAGGCUACUACAACGAGGACAAAGACGCCUGUCAGGGCGACAGCGGAGGCCCUCAUGCAAACAGACGCCAUGACACAUGGUUCCUGACAGGCAUCGUGAGCUGGGGGGAGGAAUGUGCCAAGGAUGGGAGAUAUGGAGUGUACACCCGGGUGUCACUUUACUACCGCUGGAUAAACCACGUCAUGGGAUUAACUAAACACAGGAUGGCGUUUGAUGUGGAAGAUCCUGACCUUUAAAUAUCAAGAUUAUAGAUUUAAAAAUACUGGUUUAGAACAGUGUGUAUAAAAUGAGUUUCUUCUUGCCGGACGUUCAGAUAUUGAAGUUGCAUUAAACCGCAUAUUGUUUGAAUAA